AUGCAGGACAUUCACCUUACCUACCUUCACCCCCUCAUCAACCGUUCAACCCUCCACCUCAUCCCUCACACCUCCACCCUCCACCCCUCCACCCCAAUCUUCAGGAAUUCACCCUCCACCCCACCCCCUCACCCUCCUUCACAUCACCACCCACUCACCAAUCUUCAGAUUCACCCCCUCCCCACUCCACCCACUAAUGAUUCAGGCUCACACUCCUCCUCCCCUCACCCCAAUGCUUCAGGACAUUCCACCCUCACCCCUCCACCACACCACCUCCACCCCCUGCUUCAGACCCAUCCCCCCCUCCACCACCAACCUUCACACCCCCCCUCCACCAACUCAGGACCUACCACCCCCUCCACCCCAAUGCUUCAGGACAUCUCCACCCCUUCACCCCCUCCACCCCCUCCACCCCCUCCACCCCCUCCCCCUUCCACCCCUCCACCCCCUCCACCCCCUUCACCCCCUCCACCCCUUCCACCCCCUCCACCCACCAAUGCUUCAGGACAUUCCCACCCCUCACCCUUCCACCCCUCACACCCCACUCCUCUCCACCACCCACUCCACCCCAAUGCUUCAAGAUAUCUCCACCCCCUCCACCCCCUCCACCCACUAAUGAUUCAGGACGUCACCACUCCCUCCACCCCCUCCACCCCAAUGCUUCAGGACAUCUCCACCCCUCCACCCCAAUACUCAAGGACAUCACCACCCCCUCCACUCCCCUCCACCCCAAUGCUUCAGGACAUUACCACCCUCCACCCCCUCCACCCUCCCCUCCAUCCCCUCCACCCCAAUGCUUCAGGACAUCUCCACCCCUCCACCCCUCACCCACCCCCUCCACUCCAAUGCUUCAGGACAUUACCACCCCCUCCACCCACUCACCCCUACCACCCCUCCACCCCAAUACUCAGGACAUUACCACCCCUCCACCCCUCCAUCUCAAGGCAUCAAGACAUUCCACCAACCCCCUCCACUCCCAAUACUCAGCAUACCACCCCCCUCCACUCCAAUGCUUCAGGACAUUCACCACCCCCCUUCAACCCCUCCCACCCAAUCCCACGACCACCACCCCCCACCCAAUGCUAUCAGACCAUCAACACCACCCCCCCUCCACCCAUCUUCAGACAUACCCCCCACCCCACCCCUCCACCCCAAUACUCAAGGACAUUACCACCCCCUCCACUCCAAUGCUUCAGGACAUUACCACCCCCUCCACUCCAAUGCUUCAGGACAUUACCAACCCACCCACCACCCCCUCCACUCCAAUGCUUCAGGACAUUACCACACCCUCCACACCCUCCACUACUCCAAUACUCAGGACAUUACCACCCCUCCACUCCAAUGCUUCAGGGCAUAACCAUUCCUCCAACCCCUCCUCCCACAAGCUUCCACACCCUCCACCACCCCAAUGCUUCAGGACAUUACCAACCCCUCAACCUCCACCACCCCUCCACCCAAUGCUUCAGGACCUCACCCCCUCCCCCCCCCCCCCCCGCCCACACCCUCAUCCCCCUAAAAAACCCAAAAAACUUCAGGACAUUACCACCCCCUCCACCCCAAUGCUUCAGGACAUCUCCACCCCUUCACCCCCUCCACCCCCUCCACCCCUUCCACCCACCAAUGCUUUAG